UGACAAAACACUGACCAAAAGCAGCCCAGGAGAGGAAAUGGUUUAUUUCAUCUUAUGUCUACCAUCAGAGGAAGCUGGCAGGAUCUCAAGACUGUCAAGUUGACAAUCAAGGCUAACCAGAACAAUACACAAGUGGUCAGGCACUUGGAUGCAUUUCCAAAGCAGAAACCUCUUUGCAGACUGGAUGGCAUAUGUCCAGAAUGUCGCAAUUUUUCCAGCUAGUCAAAUUACGAAAGCUUGGACUCAGUGACAAUGAAAUUCAGCGGCUCCCCCCAGAAAUAGCAAACUUCAUGCAGCUAGUAGAGCUGGAUGUGUCUCGAAAUGAUAUUCCCGAAAUUCCAGAAAGCAUCUCCUUCUGUAAAGCGCUGCAGGUAGCUGACUUCAGUGGAAACCCCCUCACCAGGUUGCCAGAGAGCUUUCCUGAACUACAGAACUUAACAUGUCUUUCUGUAAAUGACAUCUCACUGCAGUCUCUGCCAGAAAAUAUUGGCAAUCUUUAUAACCUGGCUUCACUGGAACUGAGAGAGAAUCUUCUUACGUAUCUUCCUGACUCUCUCGCCCAACUGAGGAGACUCGAAGAACUCGAUUUAGGAAACAAUGAAAUCUAUAAUUUGCCAGAAUCAAUUGGGGCGCUCCUACAUCUGAAGGAUCUCUGGUUGGAUGGAAAUCAACUGUCUGAAUUACCUCAGGAAAUAGGCAAUCUGAAGAGCCUGCUCUGCUUAGAUGUCUCUGAAAACAAGUUGGAAAGACUUCCUGAUGAAAUCAGUGGCCUGACUUCUUUAACAGACUUAGUCAUUUCCCAGAACUUACUGGAAACAAUUCCUGAUGGCAUUGGAAAACUAAAGAAACUGUCAAUCUUGAAGCUGGAUCAGAACAGACUCACACAGUUGCCUGAAGCAGUUGGGGAUUGUGAAAAUCUCACGGAAUUAGUUCUUACAGAAAACUGUCUCCUGACUUUACCUAAGAGCAUUGGAAAACUUAAGAAGUUGAACAACUUGAAUGCAGACAGAAAUAAACUGGUGUCUUUACCAAAAGAGAUUGGAGGCUGCUGCAACCUCACCGUGUUCUGCGUCCGGGACAACAGACUGACUCGAAUACCUGCGGAGGUGUCGCAGGCCAUGGAACUCCAUGUCCUAGAUGUGGCAGGGAACAGGUUGCGUCAUCUGCCCUUAUCUCUGACGACUCUGAAGUUAAAAGCCCUGUGGUUAUCCGACAACCAGUCCCAGCCUCUGCUCACGUUCCAGACGGACACAGACCGCACCACAGGGGAGAAGAUCUUAACUUGUGUCUUACUUCCUCAGCUGCCUUCCGAGCCUAUCUCCCAAGAGAGCCUGCCUCGCUGUGGUGCCCUGGAAAGCCUGGUGAAUGACGUCUCUGAGGAUGCCUGGAAUGACCGCACGGUACACAGGGUCAGUGCAAUCCGGUUUUUGGAAGACGAAAAAGAUGAAGACGAAACCGAAACGAGAACACUUCAGAGGCGGGCCACUCCACACCCGGGGGAGUUGAAGCACAUGAAAAAGACGGUGGAGAAUUUACGGAACGACAUGAACGCCGCCAAAGGACUGGAUUCCAACAAAAACGAGGUCAACCACGCCGCCGACCGAGUGACCACGUCGGUGUAGCUCUCACCGUGUUCGGCCUGCUGUGUCUUCCCUGCUGUCAAAAGAGAUGUCCCUGUGCGACCGAGGAGCCUCCUGCAGCCCGUGUUCACCACCCUGCGCCAGGAUGCUGCUCUCGCACAAAGUGCCUUACACAUCCCUCAGUCACUCCGCACGUGCCAGUAGCCUCCCAUCCUGAUUGUUUCUCAAUUUCAGUUGUUCAUAAUAAGUAGAAUACACUACUGUCAACAUCU